CACCAUUACACGCACCCACAAAUUGUAGCUAGAUUCUAUCAUCGGUGCAUAGAUCUACACCCCAAUUUCCUCAAAUUCCGAAACCCUAAUCCUUCCCCGAAUUUCUGUAGGGAAUUCUCCAUGGCCACCACAGAGGAACCAGUUCUCCCUAAGGAGCCAGAGGUUGAGGUACCCGCCGCUGAGGAGACUGCCGAAGAAGAAAAGUCUACGGAGAGAUCGACGAAAACCAAGAAAGUGGCCGCUCCCAAAGAACCCAAGACGAAGAAAGUCCCUGCUCCCAGAAAGCGUAACCCCCCGACUCACCCUCCUUACUUCGAGAUGAUUAAAGAGGCGAUUGUCACGCUGAAGGAUAGAACCGGAUCGAGUCAAUACGCGAUCACGAAGUUCAUCGAAGAUAAGCAGAAGAAUCUGCCGCCCAAUUUCAGGAAGCUUUUGCUCGUUCAAUUGAGGAAGCUUGUGUCUAACGACAAGCUCGUCAAGGUCAAAAGUUCGUAUAAGUUGCCAUCGGCUCGUUCCGCCAAGCCGGCUGCUGCUUCUGCUCCGGCAAAGAAGAAGCCAGCUCCUGCCUCGAAACCCAAGCCCAAAGCCGCCGCUACCAAAGAGAAGAAGGCUACGGUUUCUAAAGCCAAGCCCAAGGCUAAAACCGCGGCUGUGAAAUCCAAAACGUCCGCUGCCCCGAAAGCUAAACCAGCAGCAGAGGCGAAGCCCGCGGCGAAAGCCAAGCCUGCUGCUAAGCCGAAGGCGGUUGCCCCUGCAAAGGCAAAGCCUGCACCAAAGAGGAAGGCGCCGGAAAAGCCAAAGACCGAGAAGAAACCACCGGCUAAGGUGGCUAAGACGACAACGAGGUCGAAUCCAGGGAGGAAGGCGGCCAUGAAAUCUCCUCCAAAGAAGGCUCCGGUGGCCAAGAAGGCGGCAGCGAAGAAGACUCCGGUCAAGAGCGUGAAGUCUAAAACUGUCAAGUCUCCGGCGAAGAAGGCCGCCGCGAAGAAGGGAAAGAAGUGAGAGGGUAGUUUGGGAAAUGACGUUUGUUUGUAGGAUAGUAUUGUAAAUUCGUCAUGGGCCUUUUGGUUGGUUUAGCUGCUUCAGCGCUACAGAGUAUGAUAGGAUUGGAUUUUUUUAUUUUCCUUUUCCUUUUUUGCCCUUUCCUACAUAUCUUUGUUUCCUUUAUCAGGUUUUUAGGGAUUUGAAAUAGUUCAUAGCUGUACUCAUAUGCUCGAAUCAAAUGCGUCCCAAUAUGAAUCAUUAGUUACAUUUACAUCCA